GAGAGACAGAGUCGUUGACGGGUAAAUAACGCCAGACUACAUAGUACAUUUCUGCAACUCGAUCUACGCUGUCUUGUUUCUAUUUUUCAUCAUUCUUUUUUCGUUCCGCAUACGUUUAAACACACAAACCCCCCCUUCAUAAUUGCUUCCAUAACUGCUAAAAUCGAUUGCAGUUACCAUACAUUUCUUGUUGUCUUCUCUGGUUUUCCUGUCAUCUUAAAUCCCAAAUUAAAGCUUCCACAACACAGCACCAUCAUCAUCUUCCAUUCCUCCUUCAAUUCUGCAUCAAAGAAAUCUGGGAAUAUGGGAAGAAGGAGUUCAUGGAUGAGACGCGUUGACGAGGAAGACGGAGAUAGAGAGAGGUAUAAUCCAGCUGGGUGCAUGUGGAAGCGAUUCAUAUAUGCUCUGGACUAUCAUCACUGGCACUAUAAUAAUGCCAGGAAGAAGCUUCUGCCCAGAGUGAUAAAUGAUAAGAACAAGACCAAAUCGAUUCACAAUGAAACUGGAGAAGCACAGAGACUUUUGGAGGAUGAAGAAACACAUUUGCAGGUUAACCAGAACCCGAAAAAGCCUGGAUUAAACAACAAAAGAUCUCUCAAAGCACGGAUAAAAGCUCUGAUUAUGGAGCAGAACAACAACAAGCAGUCGAAAUAUCAAAGAACUUACUCAAUCCAUCAUCUCGAGCCUAACGACGAUGAUCCUGACUGGAACCACCCGAUUUUAAUCCUCCCCGGCACCCCAAACAAGGGUUCCAAGACACUGCAAGAUAAAGAAGAAGAGAUUUCAGUCAGGGAAAAGUCAUAUGUUCCCAGGAAGCAACUCAACAAGGAUACAGAUAGCCUGGAGCUGUUUCUAAAAUUUUUACAGGGUGCAGAGAUUUCCAAGAGGAAAAUAGGAUUAACAAAGUCUGGAUCUUUCCCUCUAUAUGACAGCAAGAGAGGAGACUACAAACCUCUUAAACUUAAAGACAAGCAGAAAGAAGUUUGGUCAAAAGUAGAGAGGUUAGAAGAUGAUAAUCAAGAACCAAACUUAGCUAUCCCAAAGAAUGCAAAGGAUCUCUUAGAUAGCUUGGGUCUCAUGGGCGAUGAAGAGGAUAACAGGACUCUGAAUCGAGCCUCGACCCUUGAUUUUCGAUGUAAAACAACAGAACAGAAGGAAGAAGAUAAGCAAGUGGCAGAGAUUGAUGGCAAGAAUGAUGAAUCUCAAGAAACUGCUGGAAAUGGUAUUCCCAAAUCUUCAUUUCUUCACAGAAGAAGUACUUCCCUGAAUGACUCAUUAGGCAAGUAUUCCAGGCUAUAUGAUCACAGUUUUGGCAAGGAAGUUGAAUUGAAACCUUCUAGGAGCUUAAAGGUGACAAACGAGCGCGUGAUUCCAUCAAUUCCUUUCAGAAGGAUACGCUCUUUAUCAGUGGAAUCGAGCUGUUUCCUUCAACUCGAGCUACUCGGUUCUGCUCCAUUCUCAGAUCAUGCAGUCAGGACAGCAGAAGAGAGCAGUUCUAUGAAUGUUACAAGCGAGGGCGAGGGCGAUGAGAAGCCAGAAAGUAAAGAAAAAACUGCAUCUUUAGAUGCACAGGAAGAGCCCGGGGAUCAAAGUGAACAAGCAGGAAGCAAUGAUGGUUUCUUGAUUGCAGAUACAGAUGAUGAAGUUAGUCCUGAUAUGGAAGAACUUGCCCAGGAAAUCGAUCAGUUAAAGCUACUGAUCAGAGGCGAUUCUUAUAGAGAACAAGGAGUCAAAUGCUCUGAAGAAACAUGCUUCCAAGAAGACUAUCAAAUCUCAAAAGAGGGCACAAUUAGCAACCAAGCCAAAGAGAAGGAUUCUGCAAUCAACUCGAGUGACAGUUUCUGUACAGAUUCAGAAAUGGAUGAAAAAGCAUAUAAUAAGCACAGCCAGUCUUAUAAAACAGAAAUGGAUGAUCCCGAUCUGUGCUUCGUGAUGGCGAUUCUUGAAUGCUCGGGCUUCACAGAGAAUUUCUUCCAAGGAACAUGGUACUCAAGUGAACAGCCACUAAACCCCUCAGUAUUUGAGGAAGUUGAGUCUUGCUGGGAGCAGGAAUUCCAAUCUUCAAGGGAAGAAAUCUGCAUGUUUUUUCACCAUCAGAUGCUAUUCGAUUUGAUCAACGAGGUUCUAACUCAGAUAUACGAUACAUCAUUCACUUACUACCCUGCAGCCUUAUCGUCCUGUACCCGCAUUCGCCCACUCCCAACAGGAAAACAUAUCAUUGCAGAGGUUUGCUCAACCAUUACUUCAUUGCUGAACUUAAAGCCAGAGGCAAAGCAGUCACUUGAGAGUAUUGUGGCCAGAGAUUUGGAAAAGGAUUAUGGUUGGAUGAAUCUGCAGACAGAAAGUGAGUUUGUGGCACUUGAGGUAGAAGGUAUCCUUUUUGAGGAUCUUCUGGAUGAGAUUUUGAAUCCUUGAUUCUGAAAUCACCGGUUAGGAUCAAGAGUUUAUCCCUACGCCAAAAGUGUUGUAGAUAAAUUUUGGUGUUAGCUUACUGUAUAUAUAGUUUGUAGAAUCCCUGAGUAAUGUGAUAUAAAUGGUUGGUUUUAUCUGCAAUAGUGUCAUCUAUCAUGUAGACAAAAUUUUGUUAAGUGGUUAAUUAAGAUUCAGAAAUUCAUUUGAGUUAAUGCACAACACACAUGUUGUUUUGUAGAAGUCUA